CGCCCCUGCAUGCGUCUUCAGCCGCGCAUGGACGACCACCUCAGCCUCCUGCACUCCCCACCGCCGAGCGUGACCAAGACCCGCGGCGACAACCUGGUGAACCACGGCUACACCGAGGUGGAGGCGGACGUGAUGACGGUGGUGGCGUGUGACAACAUGCUGGAGGAGUCCGCGGCUCUGCCGGGCCACCUCUCUCUGGACCGAUACGAACCGGACCACGAGUGCUGCGAGAGGGUGGUCAUCAACAUCUCGGGGCUGCGCUUCGAGACGCAGCUCAAGACUCUGUCCCAGUUUCCAGAGACGCUGCUGGGGGACCCUAAGAAGAGGAUGAGAUACUUUGAUCCUCUCAGGAACGAGUACUUUUUUGAUCGGAACCGACCCAGCUUUGAUGCCAUCCUGUACUACUACCAAUCUGGCGGGCGCAUCAGAAGACCCGUUAAUGUGCCCAUUGACAUUUUCUCUGAGGAGAUACGCUUCUAUGAGCUGGGUGAGGAGGCCAUGGAGAAGUUCAGGGAGGAUGAGGGCUUUAUAAAGGAGGAGGAGCGGCCGCUGCCUGAGAAUGAGUUUCAGAGGCAGGUGUGGCUGCUCUUUGAGUACCCGGAGAGCUCGGGACCCGCACGGGGAAUAGCAAUAGUGUCUGUCUUGGUCAUUCUCAUUUCUAUUGUCAUUUUCUGCUUAGAGACACUGCCAGAGUUCAGAGAUGAGAACAGGGACCCUAUUACCAUUGCGCCCGUGAUAAACAGCACGCUCCCGUUUUUCAUCAGCCCGUUCUCGGACCCCUUCUUUGUCGUGGAGACGCUGUGCAUCAUCUGGUUCUCCUUCGAGCUGCUCGUGCGCUUUUUUGCCUGCCCGAGCAAAGCCACGUUCUCCAAAAACAUCAUGAAUAUUAUUGACAUCGUGGCGAUCAUCCCCUACUUCAUCACCCUGGGCACGGAGCUGGCGGAGAGGCAGGGGAACGGACAGCAGGCCAUGUCCUUGGCCAUUCUGCGCGUAAUUAGGCUCGUGCGGGUGUUUCGCAUCUUCAAACUCUCGCGUCACUCCAAGGGGCUCCAGAUUUUAGGACAGACGCUAAAAGCCAGCAUGCGUGAGCUGGGCCUGCUCAUCUUCUUCCUGUUCAUUGGGGUCAUCCUCUUCUCCAGCGCUGUGUACUUCGCCGAGGCGGACGACCCGGAAUCGGGCUUCAACAGCAUCCCGGACGCGUUCUGGUGGGCUGUUGUCACCAUGACUACAGUGGGUUACGGAGACAUGCACCCGGUGACAAUCGGGGGUAAAAUUGUGGGAUCUCUGUGCGCAAUUGCCGGCGUGUUGACCAUCGCCCUGCCUGUCCCUGUCAUCGUCUCCAACUUCAACUACUUCUACCACAGGGAGACGGACGGCGAGGAGCAGGCGCAGUACCUGCACGUGGGCAGCUGUCAGCCUCUGGCGGACACGGAAGAGCUGAGGAAGACGCGCUCCUCGUCCUCGCUCAGCAAGAGCGAGUACAUGGUGAUAGAGGAGCCCGGGUUGAACAGCGCGUUUAAACAGCAGCCGAACUUCCCCACCACCGCCCAGAACAACUCGCAGAACUGCGUAAACAUAAGCAAAAAGAUUUUCACCGACGUGUAGCCAGACUUUAGAGCAAUGGCCUCGAGCCACCCGGGAGGAGGUGAUGCGUCAGCGCGCAGCUGGUUGUGCGGUUGCGCAGCGGUGUUUGGAGGCAGCGGCGUGAGGUGAAGAGAGAAAAAAACAGAAAAAGAAAGAACGAACGAGCGCGUGCGUCCUGUUUCAGAUAUGCAUUCAAAGAAUCGUUUUUUUUUUUAUUUAUUUAUUGAUAUGAAGUGAUAAUUCCCUCUUCGGUUCUGUUCGCGCUAUAGAGAAAGAGCUUCCUCCCUUUUAAUUAUUUGCACCACUUCUCCUCCCUGCUUGAGGAGAUAAACCUGUUGUGCAAUAGUCAGUAUAUUAAUAUGCAUAACAGCAGACAUGAAUAGAAGCUUUAUAACUGUGAAAAACGAGUCCUCGAAGGAUGCUGUGUUAUCAUGCGUAAAGAGUCGUGACCCGUCACU